AUGCCACUUGAGGUAUUAGAAGUAACUCGAGCAGACAGACAUUCCAUGAGCGGCUGCGCUGACUGCUGUUGGGCGUGCCUGCAGAUGCUGCAGCCGGAGGUCCCUUCGGACCGGCCCUUCCCGUGCGACACGCGCGUCGGCCGCUCGCCCUCCCCGCCGGACUCUGUGCACCGCCUGCGGCCCGGAGACAUCGACGUCGUCGCCGCACUGGGCGACAGCCUCACCGCCGGCUACGGCAACGUCGCCGCCAACCUUCUGCAGGUCGCUAUCGAGAAUAAGGGCAUGUCCUGGUCCAUUGGAGGCGAGGGCAGCUGGCGGCAGUUCCUGACGCUGCCUAACAUCCUGAAGGAGUUCAACCCGCGGCUAGUGGGCUACUCGCUCAACGACUCCCUGUCGCACCAGCACGCGUCGCAGUUCAACGUGGCCGAGGGCGGCGCCAUGAGCCGCGACCUGCCAUGGCAGGCGAACCUGCUCGUCCGGCGCAUGCGCGCGCACCCCCAGGUCGACGUCAGCAGGCACUGGAAGAUGGUAACGAUACUGAUCGGCGGCAACGACUUCUGCAUCGACAUGUGCUACGAGGGGAAGGCGGCCGGCGCGGUCGAGAACCACCGCCGUGAGUUGAUGGAGACUCUGGACUACCUGCGGGCCAACCUGCCGCGUACCAUCGUCAACCUGGUGGUCGCUCCUCACCUGCGGAUCCUGGUGGAAGCCGAAGACAUGCCCGGGAGGUGCUGGCUGACGCACCACGUGGAGUGCCCCUGCCUGAUGGGGUCGCGCUUCCAGGCGCAGCGGCAGCAGUUCUUCGACAUCAUGUCCCGCUGGCAGCAGGUCGACCUGGACGUGGCAAUAGAUAAAAGGUACGCGGGACUGGAAGAUUUCACUGUCGUAGCGCAGCCGUUCCUGCUGAACGCUUCUUUCCUGACGGUGAACACCUCCAGCGGUCCUCGAACCGACUUCACCUUUUUGUCGCAGGACUGUUUCCACUUGAGCCAGAAAGGUGACGCUCUAGCUGCAAACGCCCUGUGGAACAACCUGAUGGAGCCUGUGGGCAACAAGUCUGUAGAGUGGCAGGAGACGUUCUCGCGCUUCUUGUGCCCCACGCAGGAGAGCCCCUACAUCUACACCAACGAGAACAGCAGGCGGGGGGCGAGCAGUCGUCGUCGGCGGCGGCGGCAGCGCGGCCGGUGACUGCGGUGAUGGACGCAGCCGAACGCUGGUUUGUUUGGACACGUGACGUAGUGCUACUGACCGAGUCUCACGCAGACUCCGAUGUAGGAAGUGUAAUUUAUAUUUUUUUUAUAGGCGGUAAAUUUUCCGGUAAUUCCGGUCGUCUUUCUUGGCAUGAGUGAUUUCGACACACAGAGCAGAGUUGUGUGAUGUAAAAAUGUAUAAACUCCUACCUGUACUGAAAGCAACAUAUUUCAAAAUCUGUCUUCACGAAAUAGACAGAAAUUUGGUGUUUUAUAUGACUGUGCCAAAUAUGCUGUUAUAAUAAUUACAGUACUUUUCAACUGUUGGA